CGUCAGUUAGAGACGCGCAUCGCAUCGUACCCCGCUAAAAACAUGGCGGUUUGGAGCACAGAAGCCGUUACGGAAUUCAUCCGCUUAUUCCGGAAAAAUCCAUGUCUAUGGAAAGUUAAAUGCAAAGACUAUGGCAAUCGCCAUAUCAGAAACGUGGCGUAUGAUGAACUGGUGGAUUAUUGCAAGAAAAUAGGAUUUUCUUCGGCGAAUCGCGAGUUCGUGACGAAAAAGAUUCAAAACUUGAGAGGAUCCUUCCGGAAAGAGAUAAAAAAAGUUACAGAAGCGCAGAAUAGUGGAGGCAGCAUAGUGUAUAAAACGAACCUGUGGUACUAUGACCUACUUUAUUUUACUAAAGGUCAAGAGGAUGAUAACAAGGAGGAGGAAAAUGAGCCGCCAGACCAGCCUGCCAAGUUUUUACAACAGCCUACGAGAAUCGCAUCACCGCCAUCUCUUGCUGACAUCUCGUCGCCAGAGGAAAGCAAUGAGUCUAUUCAAUCACGAAAAGUAUUAAAGAGAAAAGCAGUUGUCACUGAUACUCAAAUAAAGUUAAUGAAAGUGUGCACAGAGGCAUUGAAAAGGAAAGAAAUUACUGAGUUCGAAGGCUUUGCUAUAUCAGUUGCCAAAAAGUUAGAAAAAAUGAAUAGCAUCCAGGCUCUGUAUGCCGAAAGCUUGAUACACUCCGUUUUACGGAAAGGUCUAUUGAAUCGUUUAACCGAAGAAACGGAUAUUUGCGAUAAACUAUGCAAUAAGAACGUUUCUUUUUCACCAAGGCUGACACCAUCAACUUCGUCAGAUCUCCCUGAAGCUGCGUAUCAGGUUAUUCAAAACGAGGAUACUGAACCGCUACACGAAGACCCUCUAAGUACUAAUAUAUAUGAUGAAUCUUUUGUUAAGGUCGAGCACUUCGAGCAUGACUGAAUGACAAUUAUCGUAAUAAAAUACUUUUAAUGUUGUCUUCACACAUACAUCAUCAACCAUACUUAUUUUGCCCGGGAUAUGGACCGUGAUAUGGACCGUGAUUACCUUUUG